UCACCAUAGCCGAUGUUCCUGCUUUUAUUUUGAAGGAAUAUAUAGUUUUUUUCUUAAGCGGAAAUACGGCGCUUACAAUGUCAAAGAAGAACAGGAAACUCGAGACGAGCAGAGCUGCCUUUCUUCAACGACGUCCGCAGAAUGGAUUUAAAUACUGACGUUCUAACCAUAUGAGUCAACAGUUUUUCUUCGGAACAAACUUUAGCAAGCAUGUCUGGUCGCGGUAAAGGAGGCAAGGGUCUCGGUAAAGGAGGCGCUAAGCGUCACCGUAAAGUACUCCGUGAUAACAUCCAGGGAAUCACCAAACCGGCCAUCCGUCGCCUGGCUCGUCGUGGCGGUGUGAAGCGUAUCUCUGGUCUCAUCUAUGAGGAGACCCGCGGUGUGCUGAAGGUUUUCCUGGAGAACGUUAUCCGUGAUGCUGUCACCUACACCGAGCACGCUAAGAGGAAGACUGUGACCGCCAUGGAUGUGGUUUACGCUCUGAAGAGGCAGGGCCGCACUCUGUAUGGCUUCGGAGGUUAAAAAUCACCAGCCCAUCCCAUUAAAAAGUAACGGCUCUUUUAAGAGCCACC